AUGUCUUGGUUAAAUAAUUUAGAUCGUACUGGCAGUGGGUUUUGGUCAAAUUCACAAUGGUACGAUCUUCAUUUGUCACGACGUAUGCCCUUAGUUAAUAAAAUGAUCGAAGAAAUGAUUUAUGCUUGUCCACCUUCACCAUCACCGGCAAGCAUCUACCGAGUGGUUGAUCUGUGUUGUGGAAGUGGAAUGGCUUCACUUAAUUAUUUGAAGGCAUAUCCAACUGUUUCAAGUUUAACAUUAAUCGAUCAAUCCGAAGAACGAUUAAAAAUGGCAAAGAAACGAAUUGAUGUGAGUGUGGAGAAAAAGCUCUGAAUUCCUGACUACAUCUGUUUUUGAAUAUGAGUUACUCCAUUGUUUUGCCUGUCUGAAAGGAAGAGGGAAAGAUCCAACUGCAAGGGAGAUACCAUGUCAUAAAUUUUUUUUUGUAAACGUUGACAGUUUUCCGAAAAGUAUUGGGUUUGGAAUUUCAAAAAGUCAAGGAGAUAGUAAGAGACACGAUCCAUCAGUCUCAACGCUCCACAGUAAGGAAGGUUUUUCGCGGAUCAUCCUAUCUCGGUCUGCACAUGUCUGGGAAUUCGAAAAGUGCUAAAACCUAGGUAAUCGAGUUGCUGUUCAAUGUGACGAUGUUUGUUUCUGGUUAAAACUUGUGAUAUAAUCAACAUCGUUCUUAUCUUAGCAACUGAAUUUUCGCAUGAGAAUCACUCGACCGCGAUUGAACGUAGCUGACUCAUUUUACUUUGGAAAUUGCUCAAUUCUUCAGUAAACAUCAAGCUGCAGAUAGUACGUUAAAAAUAGAAAAAGUUCCAGAUUCUCAAUUUUGAGGGUUGAGGUUUUUCAAAAGAAUACUGGAAAUCACGAAAUUUCACACUCUGUUAAUUAGAAUUUUUUCAAGAAAUUUAAAGUCCAUCUCAUUUAUCGAAAAUGCUAUGAUCAUCAUACCAGGACUUUGCGUGGAGUGGGAUAGAACGAUAAAAGUCGUUCCAUGGGACGUCACACCUAUUAAAUAAUUUCAAUAUUAUCUCAUUUGAUUUUUUCAUAAUUUAUCAUACUCGAGUUCACAACCUUUUUUUUUUAGUUUCAUACUGAAAACACAUUAUUCUCUCCAUCUCUACCAUAUAAAGGGUGUUUCAUAAUAACUGACGAUAAAUUGUUAUUCAUAUUUUUCAUACUUUUUCUUGACAUAGAGGGCUGAAAUUUUUAUCACAUAUAUAUCUAAUGAAGAUCUUCUGUUUCUGAAAGUUUCAGGUUUCUAGCUAUAACUACUGGUGAAAUACAUCGACCACAUUUGAAUACAUGAAUUUUCGUAAUCGACCUAGCGGGGCAGUUACAUAGGUAGUUAACCAAAAACUCACAAAGUAUUCAGAAAAUUUUCUUUCAUAUCAGAAUUUGUAGAGCUUUUUCUGCUGAUCAUUUUAGUAAAAACAUGUUUCGAAUUUCAUUGAGAAAUGACGAUGUUAUAGUCAAAAUAUUUAUCGCAAAAAAUAGAAGAUGUCAGAUUUUUUUCAUAGAAAUAUCGCAUACAAUGUUCAAUCGAGAAUUAUUCAUCCUAUUUGCUUAUAUUUCAGAAACGGACUAUAGGAUCUUGUAGAGCAAGGUUUCCUCUACAAAACCUACUAAGUCACAUUUCUCCAGAAUAUAGCCACAUUUUGAGAUAUACGAAUCGACUUCCUUACGCUUUAACCUAUUUUAAAGUGUUUAGUAUUUUGCCUAUAACAUCGUCAUUUCUCAAUGAAAUUCGAAAAGUCUUUUUACCAAAAUGAUCAGCGGGAAAAGCUCUACAAAUUCUAAUACGAAAAAAAAUUUUCUGAGCAGUUUGUGAUUUUUUGGUUAACUACUUAUGGAAAUAUUCUGCAACAUUUUCACAAUAAAAAGUAUUGAAAAAUCGAUUUCGAAAAUUUAUAUAUUUGAAUGUUGUUGAUGUAUUUCACCAGUAGUUAUAGCUAGAGACCUGAAACUUUCCGAAAUAGAAGAUCUUCAUUAGAUAUAUAUGUGAUAAAAAUUUCAGCCCUCUAUGUCAAGAAAAAGUAUGAAAAAUAUGAAUAACAAUUUAUCGUCAGUUAUUAUGGAACACCCUUUAUGUUACAAAAUACAAUUCAAACAAAGUCGUAAAUUAAAAAUGAAAAUACUUUUUUUAAGACAUAUAUUGUUCUGAAAAGAAUACCUCUAUACAAAAAAAUCAUUUGUCCCAUGAAAUUCCAUGGAAUGGAACACAACAUUUGUUCAUCCUAUGGGACGAGACUAUACUUGAAAAUUUUUCAUCCCAUCUCACGUGGAGU